AUGGCUUUGGAGAACUGUUUUGGAGUUGGCACUGUUUGUACUUCCAGAGCUGGUGUUCUACAAGCUCGCCAUCCAUUUUCUUCCAUAGAAAAGCUUAAUUUGGCCACAUGUAAAGGACUGAACUCGUCCGGUGUAUCAUGGUAUUCAUCAUCCUCAUCCUUAGAUCAUCCAUCGAUCAGCCGCACACNAGAGAGAGAGAGAAGUGAAAUGGCUUUGGAGAACUGUUUUGGAGUUGGCACUGUUUGUACUUCCAGAGCUGGUGUUCUACAAGCUCGCCAUCCAUUUUCUUCCAUAGAAAAGCUUAAUUUGCCCACAUGUAAAGGACUGAACUCGUCCGGUGUAUCAUGGUAUUCAUCAUCCUCAUCCUUAGAUCAUCCAUCUAUCAGCCGCACCCGCCGCAUCGUCCGCAAAGCUCGUGAGGCUGUGGAAGUUGAAGUGGUGACAGAUUGCAGCUGGAAUGAGUUUGUUGUUGCUAGUGAACGUCCUGUGCUGGUGGAGUUUUGGGCACCAUUGUGUGGGCCAUGCCAGAUGAUCGCACCGGUCAUCGAUGAACUGGCAAAAGAAUAUGCCGGAAAAAUUCUGUGUUUCAAGCUCAACACCGAUGAAUACCCGAACAUACCAAAACAAUAUGGAAUCAGAGGCAUCCCAACUGUUUUGUUUCUCAAGGAUGGGGAGAAGAAAGAAAGUGUCAUUGGUGCAGUGCCAAAGUCUACCUUUAUAGCCACAAUAGAGAAGUAUUUGGACAUUUGAUGAGAGCUUGUAACAAAUAUUAAUGCCUAUAAUAUUCACAAUAGCAAUUAUUAUUGUAUAAAUGCAACUACUACCGCAAAAAUGCGAUCAGACCGGA